UCCAAAUGGAAGGAGAAAACUACCAAAAGAAGCAAGAAAGGAAGCAUCGGAAGAUAAACAAAAAGAUGGGGUGCCCCUCCCUCCGCUCUUAAACCCCGCAUCUUAGCCCCUUAUGAUCAUUUCCCCUCCAAAACUUGGACCCUUCAAAAAAUUCGAUAUUUCCUCCUUUUCUAUUCUCAUUGGCCACUGCCUCUCUCUCAACUCCCUUCCCUCCGCCCAAACCCUCCAUUCCAACCUCAUCAAAACCGGCCUCCACCGCCACACCUUCCUCGCCAACCGCCUCCUCGACCUCUACUCUCGCCUCGGCUCCACCACCUCCGCCUUCCGAGUCUUCGACGAAAUCCCCUCCAAGAACGCCUUCUCGUUCAACAUUCUUCUCGCUCUGCUCUCCAAGACCGGCCGCAUUCACGAAGCCGCCAGCUCUUCGAAGAAAUGCCCCUGCGGGAUACUGUCAGCUGGAAUUCCAUCAUCUCCGGGUGCAUCUCCAAUGGCUUGUUCGAUGAGGCCUCUGAACUGCUCUACGAAAUGCAAGAACUCGGCGCGAGGUUCAGCGAGUACACGCUGUCCCUCGCUGCCUCCUGUGUCUCCGAUGCUCGGCACGCCAAACAAGUGCACGGGUUUCUCAUCCGUAGCGGCUCGAAUUCAUCGAACACCGUGGUUGGCAAUGCACUUAUUGAUAUGUAUGGAAGGGUUGGAGUCGUCGGUUACGCUUGCGGUGUCUUUCGAGCCAUGGAGGACCUCGAUGUCAUCUCUUGGAAUUCGAUGAUCUCGGUUUACGGCAACUCAGGUCAUGGUGAGAAGGCAUUGGAGUGUUUCCGUUCGAUGAGAGCUCAUGGGUUUCCAAUUGAUGAGUUCACGGUGUCGUCGGUGAUCCAUGUUUGCGCCGACCUUGGGCAUUUGGCCAAGGGUGAGCAACUUUUGGCCCAGUGCUUCAAGAUGGGAUUCCUUUCGAAUUAUGUAGUUUCUAGUGCUGUUAUUGACCUGUAUUCCAUGUGUGGCAGACUGGACAAUUCAAUCCGGCUCUUCCAAGAAAUGGACAGAUGGGAUUCGGCGCUCUUCAACUCCAUGGCAUCAACCUAUGCACGAAGCGGGCUUGUGCAUGAAGCUCUGAGGCUCUUUGUGCUGGCUCUGAGGAAGGAAAUCAGGCCGACGGGAUUCACCUUUGCAAGUAUUCUGCGUUCAAGUUCCUGUUUUGGGUUGACCGAGCAGGGAACGCAGAUCCACUGUUUGGUUUUUAAAUUGGGUUUUGAGGCAGAUUUGAUUGUUUCUAGUGCUCUUGCAGACAUGUAUACUAAGUUAGGAUCGACGGAAUCAGCUAUGAAAAUUUUCUCAGCAAUGGCUACCAAGGACUUGGUCUUCUGGAAUACCAUGAUCAUGGGCUUAGCUCGAAAUGGGCAAGGCACAGAAGCUCUAAGAAUCUUCAAAGAAAUGCAAGAGAGUGGUAAUAAACCUGAUAGAAUUACUCUUGUCGGUGUUUUAUCUGCUUGCAGUCAUGAAGGCAUGGUCCAUGAAGGAAAGAGAGUAUUUUCAUCCAUGGAGAAGAGAUAUCGGGUGGUACGAGGUCUGGAGCACUAUAACUGCAUGGUGGACAUGAUGGGCCGUGCAGGGAGGCUGAGAGAGGCAAUGGAGAUUAUAGAGACUAUGCCUCGCAAGCCUAUUGCAGCAACAUGGGAAUUGCUUCUUGAAGCUUGCAGGAUUCACAGGAAUGUGCGGCUGGAAGAAAUAGUUGCAGAGAAAGUGAUGGAGUUGAAGCCUCGCUCGUCACUUCCUUAUUUUGUAUUAGGUCGGAUGUAUGGUACAAGAGGGAGGUGGGACAGCAUGGCUCGAGUGUGGAAGACCAUGCGAGAGAGAGGUGUGAAGAAGGUCAGUGGAUGCAGUUGGAUUUGCAUCAGAAAUCUUGUCUUUGUUUUUAAAUCUGAUCAGAUAUUGCAUUAUGGAGGGGAAGAGACAUACCUGGUGUUGCGUUUGUUGUGUUGGGAGAUGGAGGGUGAGGGAUAUGUUCCUGAACAGCAUGCAGAAUUUGAGGAUCAAGAAGAGUGAGGCUGAUAAUGCAUUGCUGGAUGUCUUUUUGAUGGAUUGAAGUGAAAUACUGAAUUUCAUGGGCUCUAAUUUUUAGGCUAUUUUUUGUGUUUUAUAUUCCUUGAAGUGGAAAACACUAAACGGCCUUUGUCUAAGCUCCACAGAGCUUUCACAAGGUUGCUUGAGCUCAUCUUGUGGGUUGAGCUGCAGAAAUUUAGGCUUCAGAUAAUCAGUCUGGCGCUUAUGGAAAGGAAGGUGACUAUUAGCAUACUUACCGGCAUAAGCAACUGGAAAAUGUUUGCUUUUAACUUGCUUGUUGGUUGAUGGAUGGUCAAUCAAUUUGGAUUAUUUUAACAAUAGGUCGGAAGGAAAAUUGCUUGUUACAUUUCAAAACUGACAACAUCAGAUGACACCUCCAAGAUUACGCUUCCAUUGUAACUCUAGAGAACCACAGAACUGAACCUUUUUCCAUGCAUCAUGAAUGACAGGGAGAAGUAUACUGGGUCAAGCAACAGUUCUUCCUACAUUACCUAAAGGUUGUCACUGAGGCGUUAAAUUUUUCACAAGGGGAAUAUCGCUAUAGAUCGGAACAGGAAGAUAUGUCCCAGAAAACUUACAGACGUUGAAGCAGGUGAUAUCCGAUCCUCCACAGCUGUUCUUGCCUGCUUAUCCAACACUGUUGGCACUUUAGGUAGCAUUCCGAUAACUGGCCUUCUGAAUGGUUCUCUCUGUUGAAUAUACUCUUUCAUUAUUGUAGCAGUUCUUGUUGUAUACACAAAGUACUCGUAUGUUUACACACUAAGGGUGGAAAGACCCUAUUUGAUUAAUUAUAUCACAAGAUUUUACAGAUCAAUCAUCAGGGAUUGGUUCAAGAAAUGAAGUACAGAUGAUCAGACCUUUUCUGAGCAAAGAGCCAAAGGGAGACACCAUGCCUUGUAUACUCCUCAAUCAGUUGAUAUGGUAACAGAUGUUAAGAAGUUUUCUAGAGUUUCACGUUUACAACCUUUUUGAGUUUAGAUGCGGUGGUGUGGUUCAAAGUGGCUGGUCACUUAUUUUUUGAGAGAACAGUGUGGCAGAUUACUUACAUCUGCCUUUUGACCUUUUAGUGAUGCUACAUACAGCAACAAAUUUUCGCCUCAAAAAUUUGCAGGACAUCUCUAUUUGUGUAUCUACAUGUCAUAGUGUUAUCACAGGAAUGAGGCUUCGAGCAAUAUUGAACUCCCAAGAAGAUACUUCUUACCUUCAUGGGUAACAAGCUUCAGUGGAUAAGGUACUCUUCGGGUAGCAAGCUUCAGUGGAUAAGGUACUCUGCUAUGUCACCCACUGCUAGUGUUAGUAGGUUGUGCAAAUUAUCCGAUCUUGUAAUCAAAUCGACAUAUAUAGAAUUGAUUUUCUCAAGAAAAAUAUAUAUGAAAAUUAGAGACAAACCCAUAGUAUCUGGACCUAGAGGUGCAAAGAGAUUUGUUGGUUUCAUGAAAAGUGCUUUUGUAAAUCCUGAUUUUUAUUAACGCGUAUUUAACAAAUAAUGUGAUUAUAAAGCCUGUGUUAUUACCAUGUUAUGUAGGGAACUGAGAAACAAAAAUUCAACAGAAAAGGAGACAAAGAAGGAAGAUGAGGAGGUCAACAAUUGUUGUCUAAGCUAGUUAGCAUUUCUCAUCUUGAUGGUGGCACAUUGUAUCACAAUCCUUAAAAAAAUGAAAAAAUGAAAAAAGAUGAGGAGGAGAGUGUAGAAAGUGAGAGAACCGGAGAUAGUGAAAGGAAUAAAAAAGGGAACUUUGAGGAGAGUCGUGCAAGGGGAGUAGACAAGCAGAGAGGAGUCUGAGGGGGUGGAUGGACAAAGGGGGGAGUGAGAGAGAGCAAGGAUGGUGGAGGAGGUGAGUUGGGGUAAGAUUAUUUCUUAUGCAAGAAGAAUGUGAUUAGGGGAUGAAGACUUGGUCUUUUGAAGGUUGUGCAUAAAAGAACAUGAAGGGGGAAAGAACCCUUAGAUAUUUCAUAAAACUAAAUUUUAUUUAGGUAUAUUAACAAACAUAUAUUAACAAAAUCUAAUGAAAUCUUGUUUUAUGAAACAUAUUCUCAAAAUCUAGACAUUAAACAAUUAAAUUGCUUUAUAAAAUUGUAAUUUAGACCUAAGCUGGAAGUAGGGAGAUGUGACUAAUUUUUGAAUAAUUCUUUGACAUCACUAGGGUAUUAAUUUUCAUAGCAAUGCUUGAAUCUGUACAUGUUAGUGGUGAAGAGUGUCAGCACCUAUCUUGUUUAUCUUUUCCACAUUUCCAUAUGUUACUUAUGUAGAAACUUUAAAUCAUAUUAUAAAGAAAAUCCUUUUCUCGUGUAUUUCUUUUUCAAAGAAAAAGAGGGAGGCCUAUCUGUACUAUACCUACCUAAAUUCUGAAUUAGGUAACUAUCCAAGAUCCAAACACAGAACUCUAGUUGCUUAGCAAAGAGUAAUGGCCACCUGGGAAAACCCAUUUCUCAAGGAAUUCAUUUGGGUGCAAGUAACUUAAAAUUUCUCUGAGGCAUAAUGGAUUAGGUAACCCAAUUACAUUAAAAAAUGUCAUUAGCUUCAAUAAUUUGAGUAGGUCUGCAAAUUUGUACAGAGACCAUUAGUUUACUUGCAUUAUUAUAAAAGGGUGCUCACCAAAUGCCUAGCUAACUUAAUCUUCUUCCUUACAGUUUGUCAACGUCCAAUUGGAAGACACAAACUUCUAGAAGAAAAUCUUUGUCACCAUCUACAAUCAAUUAACUUGAAGUUUCGAUAUCGGGUCACCUUGGUGUCCACAGUUCCACUGAGAAAAACCUUUGUCACCAUCUACAAUCAAUUAACUUUUUAACGCUCGUUAUCAGGUCCCCUGGUGGACAGAGUCUAACUGAGAAAGCAUCAUGGCGAAGCCAAUCAUGCUUCCAUGAGAGGAACAAAUGGCGUCUACUUAUGCUAUCAAGAAAGCUGGGGAGAUACGUUAUGAUGAAGGUUUAGUUCUUUUUCGUGGGGCAUUGCAGUUGUUAUCAGACUCAAGGUAUUACGUAGGAUGGAAAUUAUGACCAUAAUAUUUAGCAAUUUUUCCAUCUGGUACCAAAGUUUGAAAUAUUUUAUUUAGGCCAGCAUACAGCCAGGUGGAAAUAAAAUAAAUUAUUUUAAUAUUUUUAAGAUAAAUUUAUAUUACAUAUCUUAUUUUAUCAUAAAGAUUUGACUUGAUGAUUCAUAUAAUAAAAUGCAAAAUAAAUAUCAAACUUUUGAAAUAUGACUGGAGAUAGAGAAUUAGAUAGUAAAGAUUGGUAUAUGAAUGACAGAUUGUGGGAGAUAAGGUUAUUAUAGAAGAAAAUAGAUAUAGAGCGGAAUAAGAGAUUAGUUAGGAUAUAGAUGACAAGAAUUUGGAGUUAAAUGUGGGAAGAAUAAGAUGGAAAGAAAUGAUUGGUUAUGUGCAUAAUUUUUCUUUCCAAAACACCUAUAUUAAAAAUUAUUAUAUAAUAAAAUUUAUUUUGUGAAUCAAAUAAGAUUUCAUAUAUGGGCAAAAUUGACUGAUCCGAAGAAUACCCUAACGCUCUUUUUAAUAUAGUGUCAACAAACAAUACAAAUGUUAAAUAAUGGCUAUUAUUUAUAUUAUGUAGUAGCCAUUAUAAUGAAAUAACAAUGAAAUAAUGACCAUUAUUUAGAUUCUCUAUAUUGAUCUAUAUGUAAUAUUUUCAUCUCGUAAACCAUUACAGCAGCCGCUAUAACAAUGCUAUGGCUAUAUUUCAAACCAUUUUGCUGUUUAUUAUGUUUAGGCAACAUCUAAACCAACAAAAAGCAGAAAAAAGUUCAGAAUUAGUGUCUUUUGCUGGUAUCUAUCAUUUGAUGCAGCCUCUUAAGCAGGCGAUAUUUAUGCUAAUUUUUCAUAUUAUUCAUCUAUUCUCAUACUAAUAUUUAGCCUUUUUUUUUGUGCGUGUGAUAUGCCGACUGGAUGGACCAGACCGCCAUUGCACACCUAUUAGGUUUGAGAUUUGCUGUUGUAUUGUUAUUAGGAGACAAAAUGGUCAAAAAGAGUGUACGGGCUUCAGGCAAAUACGUCGUCUUAAAACAAUCAAUAUACGUGGGAUGAACGUUAUAAUGUACAGUCUUCAUGCUUCCCUCUGGAACACGGCGAAGAUGAUCACAACCAUGCAUUAGAUAAGAUGACAUGAGUGUUACCCAUGCAAACCUAAUCUGAUUCCAAACAAUCAUACACUAUAUAAAAAACAAACAAACAAAUAGUAGGAACUAGUGCUUGUCCUUAGGAAGACAAGAGAAACAGCUAGGAAAGGAGGAGAUGCCCCUUGCGUAUGUGCUCGUCCACAAAUCCUUUUCUUGACCUCGUUGGAUUUUAUAAUAGCACCCUAUCAACCAUGCAGCAAACAGAUCAAAAAGUUUUAGGCAGCAUAAGGACAUAGGCCUUUGUCUAUAAAAGGAUUUGCUGUUGGUGAUAUGCUGCAAUAGCUCAGGCGGCUUCUUCGGCUCUGCUCCAUUAACACAAUUCUCCCCCUCGAUCCAUCCAACCUGCUGCCUCUUCACUAUGCUUUCUGUCCAGCAAGAUUUGGCUGUUUGCUUCAGCUUCCCCACUCCUACUUGCAUCAUGAACGAGUGUUCAAAUGAUAUCGAGUUCGAUGCAUGGACUGAAACAAUCAGAGGUGGACCAUGGAACCUUGGAGUCUAUAGGAAUUAUGGCCAUUAUGGCAGUCCAAGCAGUCAUGGAUUCGGCUGGCUUGCCAAUGAUGGUGAUUCAACUGUUACAUCACCACCAUCUGGGGUGAAUGCAGGCUCACCUACAUCUCAGAAGCAUCUUUGUUCCAACUCAAGAGCACAGGCCAUCAGCCAACACCGACAAGAGAUGAUCAAAAUGGUUGAUGACAUGCCAGAAACCAUCAAUGAGCUUUCCCUACGAGAUCUUGUGGAGUUGCCCAAGAUUGCGAAUUUCAUACAGGACACUCCAGAGAAAAAGAGAGAAGACAAGAUUCUGAGUGCGGAGGAGCAAAAGAAGGCAAAGAAGGGGAUGAGGAGGGUUCCAAAGAGCAAGAGCAUGUACAAUGGAGCUUUCCUUCUAAAAAUGUUCUUCCCAGUAUCUUUGGGUGGAAGGAGGAAGAGCUCUGUAACCUCUCGUUCCUCUUUGCCGAAGCCUAUGCUGACAGAUGGCGAGAAGGGCAUGCUGGAGAAGAAUACUGAUGGCAAGUGGUGGAAGGAGAAUGAGUUGAGCUAUUUGAGCCAAAACAAUCGCACCGACGGUCGAGGAAGGAGAAAGAAUGGCUGUUAUUCCUUUUUCCAGAGUACCAAGAAUAAAAGCUAGAGAGAUUUGAGGGUGGAAGCACUCAAUGGAAUGAAAUGAACAAAGUUGUAAAAUUCGUUGUUUUAAUUCUGGGAAACACCUCAUAUUAUGAUUAUAUAAUAACUGCCUGCACAGAGGAGCCUGGCUUGUAGAGAUUUUCGUUUCAUUUUCCCUUCUUGUUUUCUAAUUAAAAUUACCUUUUACAAAGAUAUGUAAAUGAUAAAGGAUAUACUUUU